AAGCACUGUAAAAUCAUUCUCGUGACCACUCUCUCUCUUCCCUUUCCCCCAAAUCAAAUCCCCAUCACCGACUUCUUCCCCCAAAUCCAUCCUCGUCACCGGCCCCGACUUCGGACAACCCCAUCACCGUCGGCUGCGACAUCUCCAUCACUGAAUCUCCACGUGCCCAUUUCUCCUCCUCCAUCAAGCCACCGACCUCCCCUAACUCCGGUGACCGCGAGAUCACCCAACUCAGAUCAAUUACAAUUUUUGUGAGAAAUGGAUAACUUGGGCACUGAAGCUAAUGAAGUAAACUUGGACGAUGAUGAUUUGAUAUAUACUCCUUCAGAUGAGUUGAGGCCAAAAAAGGGGCAGGAAUUUGACACAAUAGAUGAUGUUGUGAUAUUCUACAAUGCUUAUGCUAAAGCAGCUGGGUUUAGUGUAAGGUCUUGGACUACUCAAAAAGAGCCGGGAAGUUGUGAAAUAAGAAGGAAAGAGUAUGUUUGUUUUAAACAAGGAAAAUCUCUAAAAAUCACGGAUGUUGGAAAGAAAAGACGUCGAGGAAGCUUAGCUGAGGAUUGUACUGCCAAAAUUGUAGUUUUAAAAUCAAACUCCGGAAAAUACAUUGUUACUGUUUUUAAUGAGGAGCACAGCCACCCACUAUCAACACCAUCAAAGAUUCAUCUUUUAAGGUCCCAUCGUAACGUUUCAGCCGCAACAAAGUCUCUAACUAAACAGUUAUCCAUGGUGAAUAUACCUCAGCAUCAACAAUUCAGUUUUCUUGGAGUACAAUCUGGAGGUAUAGAAAAUAUUGGGUGCACUCAAAGAGAUUUGUAUAAUCAUGCAAGGGAUAUCCGUGCUGAUUUGAAGGGGCAUGAUGGUGAAAUGUUUUAUGAAUAUUUAAAAUUGGAACAAGGAAUGAAUUCCUCAUUUACUUUUCAAAUUGAGGCCGAUGAGGAACAAAAGAUUACUCGUUGUUUUUGGUCCGAUGCAAGAUCAAGGCGGGCUUACAAAUUUUUCGGUGAUGUUGUAAUCUUUGAUACUACUUAUAACACUAAUCGCUAUGGCCUUAUAUUUGCACCAAUAAUGGGGGUUAACAAUCAUGGUCAAACAAUUGUUUUUGCUUGUGGAUUUUUGAAUCAUGAGAGCGUUGAUGAUUUUGUAUGGUUAUUUAAUCAAUUUUUGGAAAGUAUGCCUGGUGGUGUCCCGAAGAUGAUUAUUACCGAUCAAGACCCAGUGAUGACUAAGGCAUUCCCUCUUGUUCUUCCAAAUACUUUCACAGGUAUUAUAGUUUGUAUAUAUUAUUGAAAAUAUUUAUAUACAUAGCCUUUCUUUUUAACACUUUUUUUAAUUCUUUUGACAGGUAUUGUAGUUGGCAUAUAUUAAUGAAGUUUUCUGAGAAAAUUGAUGCAGUGAAGUAUAGUAUUUAUAAAAGUGAGUUCUCGGCUUGCAUUUGGAAAUCAGAGACUCCUGAAGAAUUUGAUUUACAAUGGGAAAGUCUGAUUAAGAAAAGUGGGUUAGAAGGAAACAAGUGGUUGCAAGACUAAUAAUUCAUUGGUUGAUUUUAUGAUAUAGUUUGGCAGGGGAUUAGUGUGCCAACGACAUGAGGAGUUGAUGGCCGAUCACAAAGAUGUAAUUGAGAAACCUAAACUUAGAAUAAAUCAUAACUUUUUGGAGAAAAUGGUUGAUAUUUACACGAAUGAGAUCUAUUACAAGUUUGAGGCUGAAGUGUGUGACAGCUUUAACUACAAGUUACAGUUUGUUAGGGCAACUGACAAUCAGAGUGUGUAUCAAAUUCAAAGAAAGAAGCUCGCAACAAGUAAAGUCUGCGAAAUUGUUUACGACAAGGACUUGGAUUUGGUUUCUUGUAGUUGUAAAAAGUUCGAAAGCGUCGGAAUUCCAUGUACGCACAUUAUAUCAUAUUUGAUGAAAAUUGAUGCUGAAAUAUUGCCUGAUAAAUACAUCUUAAAGAGGUGGACUAAGUCUGCAAAAUCGAGGACAGUGGAUGAUGAUAAAGGUAUGCAGAUAAGCCUUGAUAAUUCUUAUCUUUUAACGCGGAGUCAAUUUAUCCAAUCAUCUUUGGAAUUAGUUGACAAGUCCCUUGUAUGUGAAGAAACGAGGAAGAUGUUUACCGAUGGAGUGCGUAUCAUUAAUGAGCAAAUCGACCAAUUUUUUAGUAGCCACAUGGUUAGUGGUCGCACGGUUGCAAAGAGCUUCACCGAGAAAAGUAAUCAAAUGAGUAGUAAUUUAAUGGAUGAUGGUACUAGUGUGUAGGAUUCUUGUACUUUUCAAAAUAGUUUCAAUGAACCCGAUCAAGUACGAGCAAAAGGGUGCAGCAAAAGAUUGAAGGGAGGAAAAGAGAAAGCAAUGGCUAGAGAAAAAAUAAAAAAGAUAGACGUUGUCACGGGUGUGGUAAAGUAGGCCAAUCACAUGAUAAGCGAAAUUGUCCGGCACUCACAAAUCCGUCUUCUACAUGCGGUGAUACAAUUUGGCAAGAGGGUAAUGGGUCAUCAAGUGAAGAUGGGGAUGAUGUGCUCCUAUGAAGACGUAUAUGGCUUUACAUGCGAAAGUAUAGAUAUCACAGUUUCAAGCGACAUCCUCGUGUUAGAUUUGGCAGAGUUCACCUUUACAACAACUACACCAGUAAUUGGGGCAUAUACGCAGUUUGUGCGAGUGUUGAAUCACAACGUGGAUUUUCUGGCAAAUGUAUAUGUUUGAUGUUUAUGAGACGUAUAUGGCUUUACAACUUUGGGUCUUUCGUGUUUGGAAAGCGACGUAUUUGCACUUUUAACUUAGUAGUUGUUAUGUAUUGUAAUGGGUACUGAGCACAUUUAACUUAUGUGUUGGACUUGUGUAGCUGGGAGAGAUGUAUAUUGUAACUUAGUAUGUUGGGUAAUGAGUGGGACUUGUACGUGGAUUUACUGAUUGUUGGAUGAUUGCCUA